CCAAAUGAACAUAAAACCACAUUCCCUCGUCUCCAUAACAGCUAGGGCUAGAAGACGCACAACCUCUUUCUCUCCCCUCUCCUCCCAUCUUCUUCCUCGCAAUCUCUCCUCUCUCUCCUCUCAUCUCUCCCUCCUCCACCAGCGCGCCACCUCCCGCCACCUUCCCAAAGCCCGUGAAAUCCAUGCUCUGCUCCUCACAUCCAGCCUCCUCUCCUCCUCACCCCCCGCCCUCACCUCCCUCAUCUCCCUCUACUCUAAAUGCUCCUCCCCUGCCGCCGCACUUGCCGCAUUCCGAUUUUCACCUUCCCCUCCCAACCUCUUCGCAUGGAACGCCGCCAUCUCCGCCCUCUCUUCCAACUUCCUCCCCGUCGACGCCUUCCUCCUCUUCCGCUUCCUUCGCUCCCAUCCCUCCCUCCUUCCCGACCGCUUCACCUUCCCCUGCGUCAUCAAAUCCCUCUCCGACCUUGGUGACGCCGGCGAUCUCAAGAUCACCCACGCCUUGCUCUUCAAGUUCGGCUUAGAUUCAGACGUCUUUGUCUCCAGUGCAAUGGUGAACGCUUACUUGAAAGUAGGGUUUGUAGAGGACGCAGAGAAAGUGUUUGAUGAUUUGCCUGACCGAGAUGUUGUGCUCUGGAAUUCCAUGGUUAAUGGAUUUGCGCAAAUGGGGCGAUUCUGGAUUGCAAGGCAGUAUUUCGACAGAAUGGUGGAGGAAGGUAUGGUGCCGAGCAGAUUCACUACGACGGGAAUCCUCUCGGUGUUCACUUCAACGGCUGAUUUUAACAGUGGGAGAAAGAUCCAUGCUUUUGUUUUGAAAAUUGGAUACGGUUUUGAUGUUGCCAUCUCCAAUUCUCUUAUUGACCUCUACGGAAAAUGCCAUGCCGUGGAGGACGCGGAGGAGGUCUUCGAGUCCAUGUUGGACAGAGACAUCUUCUCAUGGAACUCUAUCAUCUCCGCUUUCAUCUACUCCGCCGACCACCAGAAGACUUUGCAGCUUUUCGGCCAAAUGCUGCCCGUUGGAGUGCAGCCGGAUUCCAUCACAAUGGCUGCCAUCUUCUCCGCUUGCUCUCAACUGGCAGCUCUGUCACAUGGGCGGGAGACCCACGCCUAUCUUCUUCGCCAUGGGAUCACAGGCGAUGUCCUCCUGUAUAAUUCUCUAAUGGACAUGUACGCCAAAUGCGGGGCGCUUGAAGACGCACGGAAGGUGUUCGAUGAAAUGCCUGACAAUGAUGUUGCGUCAUGGAACAUCAUGAUCGAUGCAUGUGCCUCCCAUGGGCUGGGAGAGGAUGCUCUGAAGCUCUUCACAGCCAUGACUGCUGUACCUGAUGAGGUCACUCUCGUUGCAGUUUUGUCAGCGUGCAGCCAUUCUGGACUGGUGCAAGCGGGGAUGAAAAUUUUUGAAGAAAUGAAGGUGAUGCCGGCAGCUGAGCAUUACUUGUGUAUGGUGGACAUGUUUGGCCGAGCGGGAAUGCUUGAGAAGGCGAAGGAGAUGGCUUUGGCUGCAGAGAAGGCCUGCGGAGCGAAGGGGUGGAGGGCAUAUAUUGCGGCUUGCAGGGAGAGCGGGGAAAUGGAGAGAGUGGUGGAGGCCGUGGAGAGGGUGGUGGGGAUGGAGCCGGAGGGGAGCGGUGCUUGGGUGAUGGCGGCAAAUGCAUAUGGGUGGGCAGGAAAGUAUAACGAGGUGGAGGAUUUGAGGGGGGAGAUGUGGCGGAGGGGGGUGAAAAAGGUGCCUGGGUGCAGCUGGGUUGAGGUAGCUGGCCAUGGCGUGCAUACUUUUGUAACAGGGGAAAGGUGUCAUCCAAGGGCGCAGGCCAUUUAUGCUGUAAUUCAUGAGCUAGCUGGAUGGAUUAGGGAUGGUGGAAGCUUGGCCCUUGUAGUGUUGGAUGGAUCUUGGGAGAUGUUAUAAGCAAGCUUAAUGCUAGCCUAGCUCAAUACCAGUCAAUUAAUGUUAAUUUUGUCCUACGGGCCACCUGGGAGGGCACUCACCUAACAAGAAGAUUCGCAAAUUUGCAUUCGGAGUCCAGUAGGCACUUGCCGCGUAGCAAGUGGGCCUCACUGUAAUACACUAGUUGGGUAAGUUUUUUAGCCGUGUGGCACAUGACUAGUGUCCUGAUGGAAUAAUUUUUUCACAUUUAGGGAUUGUGUUGAACAUAUUAAAAUUUAUCUUCAGUGUAAUGAUAGAGAAAACAUCUGUUAAAUAUGAAAAACUGAUUUACAGUGGACUGUAAAACACUGUCGGGCUUAAUAUCCUUUAUAAAAUAUAAGCUCUGCAGGAAUAUGUAUGGCAAA